AUGUGCCUGUCUAGGACAAACCAAUCGCAGGGGCAAGAGGCCGCCAAAGAUAGUAGCGGCGGAAAAUCAUGGUCGAGAGCGAGAGAGGAGAGGAGGGCUGGUGACAAUUUCUCGAUUGCUCUCCGAGACCCGCUUAGCACCAAUGAUGUCGAGCGCAAGGUGGCAGAAUCCAGCGCGCAGGAGCUAGUCAUUGACAAAGACCCGCAUGAGGUUGUCCGAUACUGCCUGCCUGAAAGCGCCCAGGUAGCCAUUGUCCAACACAGCGAGGUCGCCCGCUUUCAGAUGGAACUGAUUGGCGAGCGCGGAGGCGUUGUCGUCUUUGCACCAUUGCGCCGCUGCUUCGUAUGCCGACCCUGCUUUUGGCUUGUCCCAUAG